GAGAAGGUGGGAAGGUACUUGGUUAUUGUGGAUGAGUGAAGGAGGUGGAGGUGUAAGGUGUGAAGGUAUUAGGCCAUGGUGGAUAGAUGAAGGAGGUGGAGCUGGAAGAAGGUGUGAAGGUGCUUGGCUAUGGUGGAUGGGUGGAGGUGGAGGUGGAAGAAGAUGUGAAGGUACUUGGCUAUGGUGGAUGGGUGAAGAAGGUGGAGGUGGAAGAAGGUGUGAAGGUGCUUGGCUAUGGUGGAUGGGUGGAGGUGGAGGUGGAAGAAGAUGUGAAGGUACUUGGCUAUGGUGGAUGGAUGAAGAAGGUGGAGGUGGAAGAAUGUGUGAAGGUGCUUGGCUAUGGUGGAUGGGUGAAGGAGGUGGAGGUGGAAGAAGGUGUCAAGGUAUUUGGCUAUGGUGGAUGGGUAAAGGAGGUGGAGGUGGAAGAAGGUGUGAAGGUGCUUGGCUAUGGUCGAUGGGUGAAGGAGGUGGAGGUGGACGGUGUGAAGGCACUUGGCUAUGGUGGAUGGGUGAAGGAGGAGGUGGAGGUGGAGGUGGAGGUGGAGGUGGAAGAAUGUGUGAGGGUACUUGGCUAUGGUGGAUGGGUGAAGGAGGCGGAAGUGGAAGAAGGUGUGAAGUUACUUGGCUAUGGUGGAUGGGUGAAGGAGGUGGAGGUGGAAGAAGGUGACGUCCACCGAAGCCGAAGCUGCAGUACAGAGUUCGGUGGAGGUGGAAGAAGGUGACGUCCUCCGAAGCCGAAGCUGCGGUACAGAGUUCGGUUCAGACAUCACACUGAUCCAAAGGAGGAUAGAUGCUUCACACGGGAGGAGCUGAUGCAGACCGCACCGCAGGUUGUCGCCCACUAUGAGAAGUUGUUGCAGAAAGCAAAGCGCCAGAUUGAAUGAACUUCUCAGAGGACU